UCGAAGCAGCGUUCGCCUGACACGCUCCGCUCGUAUUUGGGUCUUUCUUUAUCGGGUAGGAGGCUGGCGUUGCGCCUUGCAGCGGACUUCAGGCAUGUCAGGCUCAGCUUCCCCGCCUCCCUCGGCAGAGGUUGUGGGAAACGAGGGCUGUUUCCCCCCGGGUUACAAGCCUUUCAAACCCGAAGAGCAUGGCCUGGAGCGCGGCUUCCGUCUCACAGCCUUCUCUGAGUUGAAGGGAUGAGGCUGCAAAGUCCCGCAGGAGGUUCUGCUCAAACUCCUGGCGGGACUGGAGCCGGACCGGGCCGAUGGGACCGCGAAGGCCGGAGACCAGGCAGCGGAGUUCGACCAGCAGUUGACUGGACCGCGACUCGGUGUGGGGAUGGACUCCUGUGUGAUCCCCCUGAGACAUGGAGGACUCUCGCUGGUGCAAACCACAGACUUUUUCUACCCUCUGGUGGAGGAUCCCUACAUGAUGGGAAGAAUAGCGUGUGCUAACGUCCUCAGUGAUCUCUACGCUAUGGGCAUCACAGAGUGUGACAACAUGCUGAUGCUGCUGAGUGUCAGCCAGAAGAUGAAUGAUAAGGACCGUGAGCGGGUGACGCCGCUGAUGAUCCGCGGGUUUCGGGAUGCAGCAGAGGAGGGAGGGACUUCCGUGACAGGUGGCCAGACCGUGAUCAACCCCUGGAUCAUUAUAGGAGGUGUAGCAUCUGUUGUCUGCCAGCCGAAUGAGUUCAUCAUGCCUGAUGGGGCUGUACCAGGCGAUGUGUUGGUUCUAACUAAGCCUUUGGGGACACGGGUGGCUGUGAACGCUUACCUAUGGAUCGAUCAGCCUGAGAAGUGGAACCGGGUUAAGCUAGUUGUCACCAAAGAUGAAGUAAAAGAGGCUUAUCAAGAAGCCAUGUUCUCUAUGGCAACUCUAAAUCGCACAGCCGCAGGUCUAAUGCACAAGUUCCAGGCCCACGCUGCGACGGACGUGACAGGCUUCGGGUUGUUGGGGCACGCCAACAACUUGGCAGCACAGCAGAAAAAUGAGGUGGCCUUUGUCAUCCACAACCUACCAAUCAUAGCCAAGAUGGCUGCCAUCAGUAAAGCCUGUGGCAACUUGUUCAACCUGCUUCAGGGCACGUCAGCAGAGACAUCAGGUGGGCUGCUUGUGUGUUUGCCAAGAGAGCAGGCGGCCAAGUUUUGUUCAGAAAUGAAGAGCCACAGCUCCGUAGCUGGAGGUCAAGGAGCGGCAGGUGGAGCGUGGAUAAUCGGUAUUGUGGAGAAAGGCGAUCGACACGCUCGCAUCAUCGACAAGCCCCGCAUUAUUGAGGUCCCACCACGAGGAAGCCAGGCUGCAAACCAGGACAACAGCUCCAGCAGCCCAGCACCUAGCCCCAAUUUGUCAUAGGCACUGUUGCUUGGCGUGAAUGUAUUUGUGUGGUGAUGUUGCUGUUCAUGUCAUUUUCCCUAUGCGGUUAAUACGCUGAGAGCACACAGACCAAAGUCUUUUCCUGUGACUAUUAUUUAUCCAUCUUUAGAGGCAGGUGCUGACACAUACUACAUUUCAUCCUUUGAGAUUUAAAUUUAAAAUCUGCAUAGUGAGCAGUUCUAACAUACUGUAAGCUUACCUUUCUAAUUUAGACCCGCACUCCCUGCCCAUAAACCCAGACAAAUAACUUGUAUUAUAUAAUUUAUCUGAAUGCAAAAAGUAAGAGGAAACAUUCCAGCUCAUUCUUGCCAAAUUCAACAAAAAUCAAAACUGAAUGUGUGUGUUUGAGUCUUUGAUCAUGUGCUUGUUGAGGGUUUGACUCUAUUUUGGAAAUGAAUGAUUUUAAUGUAUUGUGUUUGUGAAUGUAAAAUGUGGAUAUGAGAACAUCUGUUGGUCCUGGCACCUGGCUUGGCCCAUGCAGUCCACAGGAAGGCUUGAGCAGCUUCCUUUGGAUCAGCUGGGUGGAGUUCAGCAAUGUCUGUAUGUGUCAGCUGACUGGCUGUCCAGCACGAGUCCCUCCCAUCCUUCCUCUUUAUGAAGCUCUGCCUUUAAACCCCUGCCAAAAGGGGCAAGUGGAGUGGAUGUUUGCCUUUGGACUGUGGUCGGACUUUAUCUGCUGGAGGUCUAAAGCUGCAUUUGUAGUUUCCUGCAUCACAAUCAAUAAAAACAAUCAUCAACUUUGA